AUGCCCGGACAGGUACAAGAAAAGCCGCCAGCUACGGAGGCUUCAGCCGCGGCAAUUGAGGAUGAUGAUGAGCCGGAUGAGUGGGACAAGCGGAUAUUCAGCACGGGCUGCGCGGAUGAAAAUAUGAAGAUGACAGACUAUCCUAGACUGUCAAUCCUAUCCGCCAUGCUUCCCUCACGCAGAGCCUUUUCCGCCGCCUCCAGGCAACUCGGCUGCCGCUCUUUCAGACCGAUCCAGCCUUCAGCACGGCUCUAUUCCACAGAGACAUCAACUACGUCAACGACAGAAGAGCCCGCAGCUAAGCCCACUUCUACCCCAGCUGUAGCGACACCGAAAUACGCAAAGCCCGCGCCCAGAGCGAGCAAGCCGGCAGUGGCAGCAUCUACACCGUCUCCCGCAGCAUCUUACAGCGACGUUGUCUACCAAGCCAAGAACAUUGCGUACGAGGACGCAAGGGAGGAUGGCGAUGUGACGGACCCGGCCGCCGUGGACUGGACGAGGAGUUUCUACGGCAUCUCAGCCCGGCCAGUAACAGAAAAGCAAUUCAAGGCCCUGAUGCAGCCUGUGGACGAGAAGGACAUCGAGGUCAAGCCCGACGGCGUCAUCUACCUGCCAGAGAUCAAGUACAGGAGGAGGCUGAACGAAGUCUUUGGUCCCAUGGGAUGGGGCCUGAUUCCCAAGGGAGAGGCCGUGGUUGGCGAUUCAAUCGUGACCCGCGAGUAUGCGCUCAUCGUCGAUGGCCGCUUUGUCUCACAAGCCCAGGGCGAAAACUCGUACUUCUCCGCCGAACAGCUACCCUCUGCCGUCGAAGGCUGCAAGUCAAAUGCCCUGAUGCGCUGCUGCAAAGACCUAGGCAUCGCCUCCGAGCUGUGGGACCCCCACUUUGUCCGAUGGUUCAAGAAGAAUCACAUGGAGGAAGUGUGGGUAGAGCACGUCACAACCAAGAAGAAGCGAGUGCAGUGGUAUAGGAAGGGCGAUGUGGAUGUGUCAUACCCCUACAAGGUCAGCAAGUAG